CUCCGACGAACAGCUAGCGCGCCACGACCUCGCGCCCCCGUUAGUCAACAACUCCUCGUUGCAUUCAGCAACCUCGUCGAUUUUGCCAACCCACAGCACCGCGUGCUUUUUGGGGCUACGGUGCCGGGCUUUUACUUUCUCCUCCGGCGCUCGGAAUACCUAAUGUGCGAUGGUCGCCGAUAUCCGUAUUGCCUCGAAGUUCGGGAUGUCAAGGUUGCUGACAAUGAAGGCCGCACGACGUUAAACUACCAAGCAGCAGCUUCUGUCCAGAUUCAGUUUCGGGGAAGCAAGAAUGACCAGUACGGCCAAGGAACUGCAAGAAUGCUACAAAAAGCAUCUCGGCCACCUAGUUGUCCUGUAUUUGGUGACAUCUUGCUGAUGAAGAACGCCGCAGAUCUCGGUCUGUCCCUUGAGAAGCCGCUCUGUUCAUUAUCAAACUCCUGGAUGGUUUCGGCAAAGAUGAUGAAUGCAGCACUUCAGCUAGCCGCUCAACAUGCUGAUCACGACCAGCGUCUGUAUACUACGCACUCGCUCAGAAUUGGAGGAGCGACAGCAUUAUUCCACGGGGGAGCUGAGCCAACGACAAUCCAGUAUCACGGGCGAUGGCGAUCUGAAGCUUAUCGCCGAUACACACGAGACCCAGAACAGCGCACAAGACGGCUGACUCAACUGAUGGCCAGUGGGCUAACAAUGUCUACAGCAACUACGUCUUCUGAUCACUAA